CACAAAGGAGACGCCGCUCUGCUCUCGUCCUCCUCCAGUACUCAUCCUGCACUCCUCCAUCAUCCAUCCAUCCAUUCAUCCAUCAUCCAUCCAUCAUCCCUCCGUCUGCUGAUCCGAGCAGGAGAAUGGAUCCUCUGCUCCUCCAGCUGGUCUCAGCGCUGCUGCUGCUGUGGGGCGUCCAGGCCCUGCAGGUGGACGUGUUUCCCCGCAGGCCCGUGUUCCGGGUCGGGGACCGGGAGCAGCUGGUCUGCCACAUCCGGGACUGUCCCACCACCCCGACCGUGAUCUGGUCCCCGCCGGACGACCGGCCCCUGCCGGGCUCCUUCCACACCAACCGGACCCACUCGGUCCUGACGCUGCCGGCCGUGCAGCCCGGCGACGAGGGCACGCUGCGCUGCAAGGUCACCUGCGGGGGCGAUGUCCGGCAGGGGACGUCCUCCGUCCAGGUCUACGCCUUCCCGUCAGCCCCGGUGAUCUCGGGUGAGGGCCAGAUGCGACUGGGCGUCAGCUCCAGCCUCAGCUGCCGGGUGCCGGGCCUGCACCCGCCGGAGCGGCUGAGCCUCACCUGGCUCCGGGGGGACGCCGUCCUGCAGGAGAACCGGGGUCUGGACCGGUCCACCUACACCUUCGUCCCGCAGCACCGGGACAUCGGGGCGAACAUCAGCUGCCGGGCGGCGCUGGAGCUGGACGGGCUGCCGGCCGAGGACACGACCCGGGAAACCACCGUCCCCCUCAACGUGCUCUACCCCCCCGCUGACCUGGCCAUCUCCCUCUCCGUGGAGGUGAUGGCCGGCGCGCCGCUCACGCUCAACUGCUCCGCCGACGGGAACCCGGCGCCGAGCAUCAGCUGGAGCUUCGGGGCGGCGGACGGCGAGACUCUGCGGCGGCGUGGCGCCGGCCCGCUCACCUUCACCGCUGUGACGCUCGCCGAGGCCGGAGCCUACCGGUGCGAUGCACAGAACUCGGAAGGAAACCGGACCGCUGCCGUCAACGUCACCGUCCUCGCUCCUCCCACCAACACCUCCAUGUCGGUGAGUCCAGGCGACCAGGUGAUGGAGGGUCAGGAGGUGACGUUCACCUGCCGCUCCGAGGGAAGUCCCGCCCCCAGACUGGUGCUGAGGAGGGAGGGGGCGGAGCUACAGCAGACGGAGGCCGGCCCCCUGACCCUCAGCGUCCGGGUGGAGGCCUCGGCCCUCUACGAGUGUGAGGCCUCCAACCAGCACGGUUCCCAGAAGGUCUCCACUUUCAUCACCGCCAGAGCUCUGCGGGUGGAGGUCGGGCCCCGGGUGGAGGCGGAGCGGGGAUCCUCUCAGAACCUGACCUGCCGCGUCUCUGGAUGUCUGGGCCCCCCCACGGUGACCUGGAGGAAGCUGGAGCAGAACCGGGCCGUGGUCCUGGAGCCCCGGCAGCAGCAGGAGGGUCAGACCCAGCUGGUGCUGGGGGGGCUGGACCUGCAGCACCAGGGCGUGUACCGCUGCCAGGCCCGGUGCGGGCCGGCCUCCGGGGCCGGAGACGUCCCGGUGCAGGUCUACGCGUUGGGUUCUGAUCCGGUCCUGGACCUCCCCGGUCCGGUCCGUCUGGACCGGGAGUCUGAAUUCUACUGCCGAGUCUUUGACGUCUUCUCUGCCGGCGGGCUGAGGAUCCGCUGGUCGUGGGGGAACGCCACCAUCCUGACGGAGUCCUUCACGUUCUCCGGUUCCCUGGAGAACGUGACGUCGGUCCUCCGGCGCCGGGUGGAGCAGAACCAGACGGUCCUGAGCUGCCGGGCCGAGCUGCUGACGGAGGCCGGGGACCUGCUCCGGGCCAGAACCGCCAGCGUCCCUCUGCAGGUCCACUAUCCUCCCAGGAACACCUCCCUGACGGUGAACCCGGGCCAGGAGGUGCUGGAGGGCGACCAGGUGACCAUCACCUGCCACUCAGACGGGGCUCCGCCCCCCAUGCUGGUCCUGAGAAGGAAUGGGGCGGAGCUUCAGAGGAGUGACUCCUCCUCCCCGCCAUCGCUCACCUUCAACAUCUCCUCCGUCCUGCUGGGAGACUCUGACCGCUACGACUGCGAGGCCAGGAACCCGUACGAGUCCGAGGUGGUGUCCAGAUCCAUAACCGUCAAAGCUCCCCCGAGAGACACCACGGUGGUGGUCCGGCCGUCCACCACGGUCCAGGAGGGCCAGAACAUCACGGUCUACUGCAGAACCACCAGCUUCCCCCGGUCGUCCGUGGUUCUGACAAAGCUGUCCAGCGGGUCCAGCGGGUCCAGCGGGUCCAGCGGGUCGGCGCUGCACUCCAGCGACGGCGUGUUCCUUCUGGCCAACGUCAGCGCCGGAGACUCGGGCCGGUACCUGGUCAACGUGACUAACGACCUCGGCUGUGAGGUCCGAGAGUUCAACAUCACCGUCAGAGCGAGCAGCAGACUUCCUCCCAGCCUCGGCGCCGUGGUCCCGGCCGCCUGCGUCGCAGCCGGACUGGCGGCUUCAGCCCUGGUUCUGGACUACCUGAGGAGGUCCAGGAGGAAAGGGUUCUACCAGGUGGACGGCUGCGCCCCCCCGUCGGCCUGAGGCCCGCCGGGCCGGCAGACUCACCGGUACCGCCGAGGUACGGCGUCCGAUGGAGACUCGGUACGCGGUGGGAGGCGACCGCCCCCACAACUCUCCUCUGGCUUCUAACCUGCGACACACGACGAUCACGCCCCCCCCGGGGGCUCCUGGACCCCCAGAACCGGCGGCUCCUGGACCCCCAGAACCGGCGGCUCCUGGACCCCCAGCACCGGGCAGAACCGCCUACCAGGCCCGGUACCACAACAGGGCGCCACGCAGACGCCGACUCCCAGAGCAGGAGUUCUACCUCAUCUCAGUAUUGUCCGUCAGAAUCCCAACAACCUGUGUCUCUGGUUUAAGACUGUGUCUCAGAGAACCGGACAGAACUGGAUGGAACUGGACAGAACCGGACAGAACUGGACGAAACUGGACAGAACCGGACAGAUCUGGAUGAUCCCAUCUGAAUGUCAGUUGCGGGUUUUCCGAGGGUUUUCUUUUAUUUGUCUCAAAGCUCCGUGUUGUUGGAACUGAGGCCCCGUUUACACGGAGCAAAAACGGUGGUGUUUUCAUGCGUUUUGGCCGUUCGUUUACACGAAAACGAAGCUCAAAGUCACCAAAAACGAUCAUUUCUGAAAACUCCGGCCAAAGUGGAGAUUUGCAAAAACUCACGUUUGCUUGUAAACGGAGGGAAACGGAUAUUUAGGCUCCAGAACGUCACAUUAUGCAACAGAAACGUCACCAACAUCAUUUGUGCGACUUGUGUUUACAAUUUGUUUGGCCAAUAUUUUCUUGUAUUUUAACUGUUUUAUAUUCUAACAUCACACUUAAAAGAACUGCACUUCUCUGUCACUUCUCUGUCACUCCAAAUGAAAGACUCUCAUUCCAUCUUGGAAGUAACUGGAAGUUACUCGUCGUUUGUUGAUGUUUUUUUCCAGGAUUGUGAUUGGCUAGCAUGACUUUAUCUUCUCGUUACACUUCCCCCUGUAGGUUUGGCUGCUAAUAGCACCUUAACAGCGUAUUUAUCCGGGUUUGUGUAAACGAGGAUAUUUUUCAAAACGUAGAGGGGGAAAUAUCCGUUUUUGUAAAUACCCGGCUAUGUGUAAACGUGGCCUAAUGGUGUUAAACCCUGAUUAAUGCAAAAACCAGUCUGGAUCCGGGCCCUACUGAUCCCAAGAGCUCUUUGUUUUCCACUGUUACCGUUUCUUUAAGUGACUUCACUCCGACGAGGCUGAGCUCGUGUUCCACCUUCGUUCUGCUCGGGUUUCCCCGGUUUGGCGUCUCCGCUGCUGAUCUGAGAUACGUGCACUUCCUGCCUCUGUUCCCUCGUUAACGGUGUUCAAACCUUUCCUGCCUCUGUUCCCUCGUUAACGGUGUUCGUUAGCAAACUCUUCCUCCCUGUUCUGUCCCGCCGUGACCCCGCUGCUGUUCUGGGAGUUUCCAGAGACCGUCCCUGCUUUCUCUUCUCGUUUUCCUUCCCUCUUUACUGGAAGUCCUGAGGAUCACUGGCUGGAUGGUUACCAGCCGUUACCGUGGCGACGCUGGAGCUGACAAACACAUUAGGGAAGAGUAGCCAGGGUUCGGUUUGAGCAGCAGAAAAGGAGCUCUCAGUCAGUUCUGUCAAGGGGAGAACUCUCCUCCUGAAAAGCUACAAAAUAAGACGAGAAAAGAAAAGAAACAGACAGAAAACAACAAACUGGAUUUAUGGCACCUUCAGGUACAGAGGUGGGACCCCCCCCGGAGGUCGUGAGAGUCCUCGGCGACAUAAAAAAUCGUGCUGCUGGCUGUUUGUCUGCAUCACGACACUCAUCGCCGGCUCGUCGCCAUGGAAACUGGAAGGACUCAGACUCAGCGAGGCGGGAGGCGAGGAGAACAAACCUGAAUCAGGCUUUCAGGGCUUUGGACCGGCGUCAGCUCGGACCCUCUAAACCCGCCAGCGGGCUACUCUCUCAGACCACUGACCUCCAGUCAUGUGAUGCGGUUUCCGCGGCAACGGAGAAAUCCCUGAGUGAGAAGAGCUUUUAUUUUGAAAUGCGACAGCUUCCAUCGUGGGAGCGGCGAUGACAUUUCUCUGUAAAAUAUGAACGACUUUGCUCUGUUCUGUCUUUAUUCUCAGCUCUGAUGCUAAUAAAGUAUUAUU